AUGACUGAUUACAGUGGCGACCUUCUGGUCAGCUCUAGUGCUGCACUAUUUCAGCAUUUGUGGCCAACUGAUUUUGAAAUGUUUCAAGUUUCAACAGCAGCCACUAUCACCGUGCCUGGAUCACCUGUCACUUCAAUUGAGACCACAUCAACAGUAUUGGAAUGUACAUAUACUGCUACUAGCAGUAAUCCACUGAUUUCAUGGUAUAAAGGUAGUAGUACAAGUACAGGUUCUCUGAUUAUACAAAAAGACAAUGCCGGGGUUUACAAUCAGCCUGCAUUCACAAGAUAUGACAUUCAAGACCAAGCUAGUCUACUUAUAACGGAUACACAGUUAAGUGAUGCUGACAAGUAUUGGUGUCAAGUAGAAGGUUUAAGUGAUCCUUGA